UACCGGACAGACUUUUUUGCUCCAAUGGUGUCCGCUAAUUAAAGAGACCACUGUAUUCCUAGUGGAAUAUUAUUAUAUUCCUAGUGGAAUAAUUAUUCAAACCAUAUCAAAAAGAUUUAAUAGAUUUAAUUACUUCAUUCAAUGCAGGACUAUCUCUUUUAUUAUGAAGAAACUUUCAUUGAUAUUUCUUUGUUCUCUUAUUAACCAUAAACAGAACGUCAAAGUCAGCAAACGACGCGCGAUAAUUACACUGUUGAUGACGAUACCUGUCAAUAAAAUUGUCAAAAAAACAGGUUUCGUUUCGUCCUUCACAACGUUGACAGACCACAUCAUGAAAAGACAAAGCGUUUUAUUAAUAUGUGUUCCAUUAUUUAUUUUUGUGAUCAUAUUUUCUGGAAGAAACAAAACAGGAAAUGUAUUUCUCACGGAUAAAAAAGUUAAUAAUAUGAAAAACCAAGUGUCGGAUUUACUUCGAACAGUGGCGAAUGUAGAAAAACAAUUCCAUAAAGAAGGCAAACUUUUUGAAGAAACUAAACACAUGAUACUAAAUCGAAAGAAACGUGAAAGAAUUGAAAGAAACGUGAAAGGAAAGAAACUCACAUUGCAAGCGUGACGAGAUAGAGAAAUUUUUCUUAAAAGAAAAAAAAAAUAAACAGUUUGCUAUACAAAGAAGAAAAAAAUUUGCAUGUUCAUACUUGUCGUUGGUCAUUCGCAAGGAGGAAGGAGGAAGAGUAAAAAUUUUUUGACAUUGUUAAUCGGUAAACUGAAGAAUACAAUUGCGAGCUACAAUCUUGGAUAUAAAAUUUAAUGGCCAAUUGUAGUCCUCAUUGCUGUUAGUGUGGGUGUCAAAACAGUGGAUGAACUUAAAGUUGAGAGGAAUGGGAAAAUUCCACACAUAUUUUCUUCAGGAUUGUAGAUAGGUUGCUUGUUUGAAUGUGAUAGUAAUUUAAAAAUAAUCAAUUACAAGUAUAUUACAUACAAUAUAUUCAGUAGAAUUUAUAUUUAUAGAAAUCAUAUAUAACUUAUAAAUACAUGUCAUUAAAUAAUAAGAAAAAUUUAUUUGAAGUUACGUCACAAUUCUGUUUAUCUUUCUUAUUUUAUAAGAAGGAUAAAUUUAUAAUUUAUAUUAAAAAAUUUAGAAAAUAUCGGCUAUUUUUUCAGUCAUCGUCCGCAAGUGUAAAAUAAUUUGUUUGAGAUAAAAGUUCCCGAAAGUGUUAUUUGA